AUGCGCGAAGCAACAGAUUGGCGGGGACGCCUCUCCCGUUCGUAUAAGUCGAGCGCGGCGGGUUCCGCGAUUCGCGCGCCGUCCGCCGACCUGAGCGGGUGUUUCUUUCCGCCCUGCAAAGUUCCGGUGCUGAGUUCGCGCGUUUCCAUUAGUGAG